UGGCGGUAUCGCGCCUACAUUUUAAAAUAAGACGAAGAAGAAGAACUUCCUCCUGCGGCGCCAAAUCAACUGCAGACAAACGCAACACGAAGCGGAUAAAAGUGACCGUCCACGCAGCAGUCAUGGAUCUCGGUCCCUUCGAAACAGACAACUCUGUCAGUUGCCGGCUCGCCUCUCAGAUCCCUGAUGUCUGCAAGGUGGAAGACUGUUGUCUGGGUAUCGACGAGGCAGGCAGGGGCCCUGUGCUGGGGCCCAUGGUGUAUGGAAUAUGUUUCUGUCCAGUUUCCAACAAGAAGGACCUGAAGGACUUGAAAGUAGCAGACUCAAAGACCCUGAGAGAAGCAGAAAGAGAGGACCUUUUCCAAAAACUGGAUGAAGCCAGCGAUUUUGUGGGCUGGGCUCUACAGAUUCUGUCCCCCAACACCAUCUCUACCAGCAUGUUACAGAGGACAAAAUACAACCUGAAUGCUCUUUCACAUGAUACAGCGAUUGGUCUAGUGCAGUACGCCUUGGACAGUGGAGUACAGCUCAAAGAGGUUUAUGUGGACACAGUCGGCCCAGCAGAGAAGUAUGAGGAGAAACUCUCCAAGCUGUUCCCGGAUAUCGAGGUGACUGUGCGGCCAAAAGCGGACUCCCUCUUCCCCAUCGUCAGUGCAGCAAGUAUCUGUGCAAAGGUUGCAAGGGAUCGUGUUGUAAAAGGCUGGAACUUUGCUGAGGACAUGGGAGAGGUGGAUGCAGAUUAUGGCUCAGGAUACCCGAAUGACCCCAAGACGAAAGCGUGGCUGCUGAAGUUCCUGGACCCAGUGUUUGGUUACCCGCAGUUUGUUCGAUUUAGCUGGAGCACUGCCCAAACCCUGAUGGACAGCAAGGCAGUGACUGUCCACUGGGAUGAUGACGAGGAGGAUGGGGAGAAGGCAGCACAGCGGCAACACAACAGGUCCAUGUUGUCUUUCCUAAGUGCUUCAACUGGAGGUAACGACCAAAACUCCACCCACCAGACACACCGCUUCCUCACUGAGCGAAGGCUGAAAAGCCUCAGCACACUCUGAAGAAAUUUCAGGACAUGCCCAUACACACUGGAAUUCAUAAACUCAUCGUAAAAUCUUUGCAUACAGUGAUACAGUUUAGCUUUGUGUACAGAUGUGAACUGACUGAUGAAACAUCUGUUUGUAGCACCAAUGCAAGCUUGAAUCACAAUUCUUCUUUAUCUGUCCUGUUUGUAUGUUGUUUUUUUUAAAAUACAUAAAUAUAAUGUUUAAAACUCGA